GUCAGAACUGUUUUUAGUCUUAUAAACCAAUUUAGUCUGAAAACGAAAUGAUCUGGUGAUGUGUCCGCCAUGUGAACCAGAUAUGUGUCAGUUUAAAAAAAUACAUGUUGUCUCUUCCAAAACAUACAUUCUCUUUUCCUGUUUUCAGUAAGGAACGCCAAAGCCCCAAUAUUGCUGACUUUAAAGAGCAGAGAAAGAGGGAGAAGCACCGGAUAGAGAAGGAAAGAAAGGAGCAAAAAGAGAGGGAAAAGAAAGAGAAUGAAAUGAGAAAAAAGUUCAAGGUGACAGGAGAUGAAGAACCCUUGUACCACGCCAAGGUGGUUGUGGCCAGUAAAGUCAGAAAAAAUGACCUUCCUGUGAAGAGCGGGGACACCGUCAGCAUCAUCCGUACCACCAGCUGUCCCAAGGGCAAAUGGUUGGCUCGGGACGUCAACUACAAGUGUAAGUUCGGACCGUUUUUUACCAGUGUGUUAGCAUAGGUGAGUGAAAUGGGUACUUAUGUAAGG